AAGGGAGCAAGGCUGGGGUGAGCAUAUAUGAAUUGAACCCGCCUAAAAAUAAUAAUAGCAAGGCACAAGGCCAUUAUUAUUAUUUUUUCAGCGCAUGCGCAUUGCCUUUGUUUAGUUUCCUCCCUGAUCAGCUGGAGCGAUGCACAAGCUAAAAUCAGCUCAGAAGGAAAAAGUCAAACAGUUUAUAUCCUUCACUCAAGCGGGUGAGAAGACAGCCAUAUAUUGCCUCGCUCAGAAUGACUGGAAACUUGAAUUGGCCUCAGACAACUUCUUCCAGAACCCUGACCUUUAUUAUAGAGAACAGCGGCCGUCAGUCGACAAGAAGAAACUCGAACACCUAUACAACAGAUAUAAAGAUGGAGGGGAACCCAAUAAGAUCCUGGUGGAUGGGGUGAUGCGGCUGUUGGAUGACCUUGACCUACCCCCUGACUCCCGCCUUGUCCUCAUCCUGGCCUGGAAGCUGCGGGCCGCCACACAGUGUGAAUUCACCAGAGAUGAAUUCAUGAAUGGGUUUACAGAACUGGGGUGUGACAGUAUUGACAAACUGAAGGCCAAGCUCCCCACUCUAGAGCAUGAAUUAAGAGAUACUGCAAAGUUCAAAGACUUCUACCAGUUUACUUUUAAUUAUGCAAGGAAUCCUGGGCAAAAAGGGUUGGACCUUGAUAUGGCUUUAGCAUACUGGAACAUCGUCCUUCAGGGGAGGUUCCGUUUACUUAGUUUGUGGUGUCAAUUUUUACAGGAACACCAUAAACGCUCCAUACCGAAAGAUACAUGGAACCUCCUCUUGGACUUUGCCUUGAUGAUCAAUGACGACAUGUCCAACUAUGACGAGGAAGGAGCGUGGCCAGUGUUGAUUGAUGACUUUGUUGAGUAUGCCAGGCCAAUCAUUCGAGGCCAGCCCACUCAAGUUUAGGGUUUGGGCUUUAGUGAAGCUAUGACUCAUUAAUACAGCUCAAGAACUAUGUUGCUUUUUAAACUCUUAAAAAAUUAUACAACCACAUGAUACAUACGCGAGGAUGCAAUUAUCCCAUAGUCCUGUCACUAACGACUGGACCUGUGUUCUAGAAAUGUGGUGUUCAAACUGCUACGGUUAUCAAGAAGCCUGUCAGAAAGAGGGAAAUUUUUCCCAGGAAGUCGACAGAUAUCAGAGAAGUGGUGUUACAUGCAAGAGAAGAAAUACUAACUAUCCACAAGAAAAUAAUAUGCAAUUAGUUAAGUUUUGGCCACAUCAGCUCCAAGGUUUCCACUGGAAGACUCAAGAGUUUGAAAGAUGAGUGUUGCUUUAGUGCUUCAGAAAAAAAAAACAUCCAUCCUAUAGAAUAUCAAUUAAACAUUAUAUACAAGGUAAUCUUUUGAAAAUUUAUGACAAAAAUAGAAAAUGAAACAAGAUACUGUGAGUUUGUCUGUCCUUACAGAUACUGAUAAGCUGUGACAUUUUGAUGAGUGCUAGAAGACAGUGAUUGUAACCUUGAAGCAAGACAGACGGCAUCACUAUCUUGUUGCAGAGGUUUUCAUUUUAAUAAUUUUUAGAAUGAACAAGUCAAAAGUAUGUUAUAAAUGUUAUGAUAGUUUUCCUCCCAUUGGUGUGCAACUUCCCCUUUGGUAACCUUUAACAAUUAAUAUAAAAAUUAAGGCUUCACUUUUGUUUUUAGGGAAUUUUUCAUGUUUUUGUUGUUCAACAUGUAUUGACAAGAACCUUUUUUUAUUACAAAACAGCUUUUGCCAGUAAUUGAAGAUGAAUAAAAAACAAUUGGAUACUCAAUACUGACACUUUUUGUCAACUUUGAUGCUGCCUGACAUCAACUUUCCUUGAGGUUUAGAGAAGGUAGCUAAAGGUGUUGAAUCCUGUCCAAAAUGCCAUUGGUACCCUCCUGUUGAGCCUGCUAAGUAAUGCUUGUUACUCUCACAAAGGACUGAGUGAAGUCAGAGAUUAUGAUGCUAGUUUAAGUUAUCAUAAUGCAUAUUUACAUUUUUUGGUGCACCUUAGUAUGAGUAAUGAAUUCAGUGGUAUAAAGUAUGGAAAACUGACCUUUACAAUUUGAACAAGUAAUAUGAUAUUUCCAUGGAUUUUGUUUCCAGUGAGUUUGUCCCACACCCAGCCAAUGUUGAUAUUGGGCUUGUGAUGAUAUUAAAAUUAUUAAAUUUAAAAGAUGAAUGUGUAGGUUGAUUAUCAUUAUAUAGGGAUCUGACAUGAUAAUUUAUAUUUUAUACAGAAGCACUAAUUUAGUGUACAGUAUUAGAUCAGAUUGUAGUAUUAAAGUUGUAUAACUUUCUUGCUUCAUUAAAUGAAAAAAAAAAAAUAUUAGGCCAACUAUGUUCUCUUUAUGUCCUUUACAGUGUCAUGAUAUUUUUGAGCCAUGUGCUUAAUUAUAUUGUGCAGUUUGAGAGUGCAACACUUUUUAAACCUGCAUGUUGAAAACUGUGAAUAAGUACACGGACAAAUGUGUCUCACCAAGGAAAACUUUACUAUGAGAUGUAGACUUUUCUAUAAAAUUUCUAAGAGUAUGAUCUGGACUUUGUUUCAAACAGCUGAAUCACCUGUUCAGGAUAAGAUAAGUUUAUGGCAUCAAGACUUGUAAACAUACUAGGAUAAAAUAAUCCACCCAUUAUUGAGAUCUCAAGUACAAGUGCCAGAAAGAUCCCUGCCAGAGCACUGGGUUUCCUUGUUAUGAUGGAUUGUUUCUCUUGGUGCAGUAAUCUCUGGCAGACAUUUGUGUGGCUGCUUAGUUACCUGGGUAGUCUUGUUUCCUUGCUUUAUGCACCUAUUUUGUGAAGCAGCUUUUGUUAGAAUGGCAGAAUUUUCAAGAUUUUUUCACCACUUUAGAAAGGAAGUACAAUCUUCUGAAAAAUAGGAACAUAAUCAGUUGAAGAUUUCUUGCAGUGCAACAAGGUGGUCCACUUGUUUCUUCAAUAUCUCAUAAUUUAAAUGAUGCAAUAAAUUUGUCCUGAACCAUAGUUUGACAAUGACUGAAUAUGUCUUGUAUAUUUAAAAAGGUACACAUUGCUAGAGCAUCAGAAAUUAAUAUAAUGGAACUGGUUAAGUGGUUGAAGUGGACAGUGGCAUUAGUACUGAUAUGAAAUGUGACUUUAAGUUUAAGUAAUUGCAUUUUCAAAGCUAACUGCUGAAAGCAGAUGAUGAACCUCCAAUAUUAAUAGAAAUAGUGCAGGAAGUGAAGUAGCUAAUUGUUUGCCCACUUCAUAUUGAAUUGGGAUAUAUUCUUGCAUUACUUUCAUAGUUUGGUGUUUAGAAUUUGUUGUCGGAAUGUCUCCAUUUAAUUUAGGUAAGAAAAUCUGUUGAGAAUAUUUAGUUUGGCUGAAUAAUACUUUUAUAACUAGCAACUCUUUCCUCCAAAUUUUUAUCCCUUGGCACAUUAACAAUUCUCUUUAAGCCUUAACAGGUAAAUACUGACAGUUCUGUAAUACUUUCUACACUUGUAAAUAAAAUUUUGAUUACUGAA